UCCGCAGGUAAAUCAUCGCUUGUGAACCAAUUCAUAGAGAACCAUUUUAAUGACGCCUACUACCCGACGAUUGAAGGCAAUUUCAUGAAAGACAUCGCUUACAAUGGCCUCGAAUAUGACUGUCAUAUAAUUGACACGCCUGGGCAGGACGAGUAUACACCCCUGGCUGGACGAUACGCCAUUGGUAUACAUGUCUACAUCAUCGUAUAUUCGAUAACAUCUCGCGAGUCUUUCAGAAUGGCGCAAAUUAUCUACAGGAAGAUACUAGACUUUGGCGGGCUGACUCGAGUUCCAUGUGUGCUUGUUGGCUCAAAACUUGAUCUCGAAGAAAGACGCGAAGUGUUCAGAUGGGAGCCCAAGGUAUUUGCCAGCAGUCAUACAUGCGCAUCGGUGGAGAUUAGUGCGAAAAUGGAUGCCCAUAUAAUUGGUGAGCAUAUAAAUACGGGGGCGACCCGCGGGGUCCUCAGAUAA